AUUCCUCUACUAAGCCAAGGCGGGGGCCGAAAAGAAGGGUUUCGUCGCUUCUGCGUCUCUGCUUCUGCUUCUCUGGGAGAAGGCGGCGUCUGGAUAGUAGGGCGGGAAGGGGAGGCAAAAGAAGGGAAAGAGGAGCGAUAGGAUGGACGGUGGCAAGGGCGCAGGGGGCAGCAGGGGCGACGGCACCGUGGCGACUGCUGGAAUUCCUGCUGGUGCGAGGAAGAUGGUGCAAAGUCUCAAGGAGAUCGUUAACCUCCCAGAACAAGAGAUCUAUGGCACGCUCAAGGAGUGUGGCAUGGAUCCUAGCGAGGCCGUGCAGCGUCUUCUUUCUCAAGAUUCAUUUCAUGAAGUGAAGAGCAAACGUGAUAAGAAGAAAGAGAUGAAAGAGCUUCCUGAUUCUUGGUCUCGAACGACAAACAAUACUUCAGGUCGUGGAAUUCGGGGCAUGUCUGAUCGUGUGCCCAGAUCUAGUUCCAUCCAGAGCAGUUCGAAUGGCUAUUAUGAAGGCAGUCGUGCUAAGGCUGUUCAAAAGAAAGAAGAUGGCGCUGGAAGUGUUUCUUCUUCCUCAAAUAUGGGAUCUAGCUCUUCUGUUAGUAGAAAAUCAACAAUCAUAAGUGAAAAUGCUCCUUCAGAAAACCUUUGGCAGGGAAUUGGUUCAUCUGAUGGGAGCUAUCUGCACUCUCAGCUAUCAUCAGGGUAUCAACAUACUUGGGCUGGGAUGCCUGGGCAUUUUUCUAUGGCUGAUAUUGUUAAAAUGGGCAGGCCUCAAGGCAAGCUGUCUGCUACAGUUGCGGGAAAUUCAUCACAUUUUUCUCAUAAUCAUAUCAUAUCUGAUACAAGUGACAAAUAUUCGGUGAAUCUAGUUCGACCAUCAGAGUUAGAUCAGAGAGUUCAUUCUCAUGGUCCCCAUCAGCCAGUUGAAGAUAUAGAUAUUGAUCCAGGAACAACUAGGAAUGAGCAUGUUUCUGAUGAUGGUUGGCCAUCUGUUAACCAGCCCAAAUCUGGGACUGCUUCAGACAUCUUGGAAACUUCUGGGGCUGCUAUCUCUUAUUCUGAUCCAUCAAAGGUUGAAUUGGUUGUUGAUGAAGCUCAGUUGCAUCAAACUUCAAAUGAAGAUGAAAUCCCUGAACUAGAUCGAUGUUCUAAUUCUGAAAGUCUGCCAGAAUCUGAAUCUAUAUCUGAUGGGGAAAUUCAGGUGAACAGUUCAGAAGAUAAAUCCAAACUAGACGAAGGCUCACUACAAAAUAUCAGCGCCUAUCUGUCCCAAAGGCAUUUAUUUGAGCAGCAAGUUGACGAUGCCAAUGUAGAAAUUUCAUCAGCUGCUGCAAACUUGCAGAAUCUUAGACUGCAAAAGGAUGGUCUAACUGCUCCUUCUUUGGAGGAUAAUCCUGCAGUGAUAAUUCCUAGACACCUGCAAGUUACUAAUGCUGAUUGCUCACAUCUGAGCUUUGGUAGUUUUGGCUCUGGAAUAGGCACCUCCUUUUCCGGAUCAUUACAACCAAAGCCACUGCAUGACAAUUCAGAGAUCGCUAAUGUUGCUGAUGAUGCUCCUUCACUUACUCAUUCAGAAGCCAGGAACUCCAGUUACUAUGAGAAUGAUGAGCUAAAAUCCCAAAUAAAUGAAGAUGCAAGAGCUGGUAUGAAUACUGUGAAUUAUGACAUGCCUUCAGCUUCAGAACCUGAGCUCAUCAGGGAUGAUGCAGUGAAUACCACACAUGAACUGCAGUACAAUUUUCCAUCAUUAUCUGGCUAUGGGACCUCAACAUCAGCGCAACAAAGUGCCACUGCUUUUUCCCAUCCUCAAACUAAUUUACAAAUGCAAAAUUUUGCCUCUUUAUCAACUCUAAUGCAACCAUAUACUAGUUCCUUACCGAGCAGUUUAUUGGCACCCACUCUUCAACCCCUCAGAGAUAUUGAUCUUCCUUUUUCAUCAUUGCUUGCAACUCAAUCACUGUCUACAAAACACAGUGCAACAUCCUCUAUUAGUGGGCCAUCCAUUUCCAUUCCUGAGCAAAAGCCUAGUGUUUUCUCCAAUCUUCAGCAAGUUCCUCAAAGCUCCUCCAGCUCCAAUCUUCCUGCUGGGCAUGCAAUCCCUCAACACCUUCAUAUCAAUCCUUAUUCCCAAGCAACUCUACCUUUAGGCCCAUUUCCUAACGUGAUUAGCUAUCCAUUCCUUCCCCAGAGCUACACUUACCUGCCUUCAGCUGCUUUUCCCCAAGCAUACACCAGCAAUGCUCCCUUCCAUCAGUCUACUUCAGCAGUCCACAAUGCUGGCUUAAAAUACACACUCCCACAGUAUAAAAGUAGCUUGCCAGUGACCAGCUUACCGCAGCCGGCUUCCGUAGCCUCUGCUUAUGGAAAUUACAAUGGCUCCGCUAAUGUUCCUGGGAAUUUCAUCUUGAAUCCUUCAAGUACCUCUACAAGUACAGCACUAGGAUUCGAUGAAGCUUUAAGCUCUCAGAAAGAAGGCGCUCAUUACCUCCACCUUCAGCAGAAUGAGAGCUCACCCAUGUGGAUCCACAAUGGCAAUUCCAGAACCAUUUCACCCCUUCCUCCCAAUACUUUCUAUGGCUUCCAAGGGCAGAAUCAGCUCAACAACUUCAGACAGGCUCAGCAAUCUGCACACUAUGGACCCAUGGGCUAUCUUAACUUAUAUCAGAAUCAUCAGCUAGGUGGACAAGCACAAGAGCAUCAACAGAAUCCUGGUGAGGUGAACCUGAAUAGUUCUCAGGGAAAUUCUUCGCAGUCGCACCAGAUCUGGCAGCACGGUUAUUGAUGCAGAUUUUCCACUCUAAGCUUGGGAAGUGUGAUGGCCUGUUUAUGUGUUACGGUUAGAUCAUGUGAAAGCUCAGUUGAGUGUUUCUGUCUGAUCAACUGUGUAUAAACUGAGUAUCUUACAGGCUGCUAUUCUUUGGCUCGAGCUCCAUGUAUUGCAGGCGUUGAGUGUUUUAUGGCUUGUAGCGUUUUGUGUGUGGGGGUAAUUUAGAAAUGCUUUAGUUGGUGCGUGUGAGUGAAACGUCUAUGCACUGUUGCUCUGUUACUUUUAGUUUUAAGUUAAUCUAACAAGCUUCUGAUUUCCUUUUUUU